GAAAAAAUAAAAAAAAAUCCGAAGGUUUGCCCCGAAACCCUGAUUCUUUCUGGCACACAACACUUGCCGUUCACUUCUUCUGCAGAGAGUUAGAGGCCAUUGCUGCUACAGUUGCUGACAUGGCAGGCCCCCAAGCCCAAUGGGAGUUCAGCUGUGACUUGGAAGUGGACUAUGAGUCUGAGGAGAAUGCUUCCAUGGUCUAUGCAGCAUUAGCUGUUGAUAAGGAGUUGCAGCCAGACAAAGUGAAAAGGCAGAUGUCAGUGUCUAACGGAAAGCUUAUAGUACACUUUGAGGCUGUUGAGGCUAGAUUUCUUCGUGCAUCAUUUAGUGCUUUUGUAGACGUCCUUACGCUAGCCACAAAAACGAUUGAAGAAUUUGGACAAGGAAUGGAAUUGUGACAUCUCUUUAUUAUUGACCAACUAGCACUGAUGAUUUUCCUGUAAAAUUGAUCAAUAUUUGGUGUUUGUGAUGUCUUCUUAAACCUUGGGCAGUAGUUAGACUCUUUGGUUAUGAUUUAUGAAAAUGCCCAUUUGAUGUAAGAUGCAGUAGUAUUGUGUUUUACUUUUGAGUGAUAAUCAGCUGUUGAAGAUUUCUUGAAGCAUGAACUAGCUAUAACACGUACAGACUUUGAUCUUUGUCAAAGUAGGGAGGGAAUAAGGAAAAGACAGUUUGAUUUCUGAGGAA